AUGGAAGAACCAUCAGAGGAAAACCUCAGACAGCUGAGGAAUCUUAUGGCUCAAGAGUUUAUGAAUGCCCAAAAUUCAGCCGCAGGUCACCGUAAGAUUACAGCAUCACUUAUAAACAUUCAGGAACAAGCUGCUGCUCAUGGCAUGGAAGAUAAUUUUAAUAAGACAUACGCAUUGCUCAUGAAUCGUGCUCUUGUCGUCAAAAAGAAUGAAACUUCGGCCGAUUUAUUAGUUAGGCUUACACAGUCUUUUUCCAGCAAGGUUCAAGCGAGGUAUGCAGAGGAAGAAGACGAAGACGGUACCAAUAUUGGUGUUCGAUUUAUUGAAUUCAUCAUCCGACACUUUUUAAAAGGUAUUGAUGCUAAAAACAGCGUGGUCCGGUACCGGUGCUGUCAGUUUAUUUAUAGUAUCACAAAUGUUUUGACCGACAUGUCUGAAGAACUUUGUGAAGAACUCAAACACAAGAUGGAUCUGCAGCUUUAUGAUCAACAACCCUACGUGCGUAUGUGUGCAGCUCUUACUAUGGUUAGAUUACAGGAUGACCCAAAAGAAGUUGCUGAUGAUACAUUUUCAGUUACAAGUCACUUGAUCCAAGUUCUUCGCCAUGAUCCAAGCGCUGAAGUUCGUCGUGCUGUUUUGGUGAAUCUUGAUCCAACUAGUUUUACGAUGCCUAAAAUGUUAGAGCGUGCACUGGACACUAAUCUUGUGAAUCGACGUGUCGUUUAUUCUCGCGUUAUGAAUGCUAUUGGCGAUUUCCGGUUUAUUAGGAUUAAGCAUCGUGAGAAACUGCUCAAAUGGGGUCUCAAGGAUCGCGAUGUUAGUGUGCGCAAGGCUGCAACAAAGAUGCUCUUAGAGCAGUGGCUUACCAAUGUUGACAACAAUGUUCUUGAAAUUUUAGAACGUAUCGAUAUCAUAAACAGCGUUGAAGUUGGCGAAACCACCAUUAAUGUCAUCCUGGCGAACAAGCCUGAAAUUGCAAACUCCAUAAAGCUGACAGAGGAACAGUGGUAUAAUCUUACGCCAGAGCUUGCAUUUUUACUUCGCACAGCAAAUGCGUUUUUCAUUAAAGAAAAAAGAACUGCCAAUAUUGACAAGCUACUACCAGAACUUUCUGGGUUGUGCACAGCAUUAGAGCAUUACAUUAACCUACUGUUCAAACUUGACUAUGAAGAAUCUAAUACCGACGAGGAAAAUGACGAACAUUUUAAGAAAAAAUUGGACAUGGAGUUCAUUGUGGAACAACUUUUUAUUGUGAUUGAAACCUAUGACUUUGGUGAUGAAAUUGGUCGUCGUAAUAUCCUGGCAGUGAUUCGUGAAUCCAUUACAAAUCUCAAGUUUAGCUCGCCACAACUCUUUUCACGAUCAGUUGUUAUUAUUCGCAAGCUCUCUGUGAAAGAAAGUGAUUUUUCACAGGUUAUUGUGGAACUGCUUUCUGAUAUGAAUGAUAGGCUAGAGGAAAAUCUUGAGGCCGUGGAGGAUGAAGAAAAGAAGAUUAUCUUGACACUUGGCUGCCAUACACGGUGCUUGUGCUUGCUUCAGAGUACCCUUGAGUUUAUAAACUUACCACUAGAGCGAAACAACUAUCUUAGUUCAGUACUAACUUCCACAGUCAUUCCCGCUGUCCACAGCAUGUACCCAGAACUUCGAUUAGGUGGAUUAAAGUGCCUGGCACUCUAUUGUUUAAUUAGCAGGAAACUUGCUGCUGAAAAGCUUGAGUUAUUUGGAAAAGCUUUUCUUAUAGGUGACUACGAUAACAAGGGCAUUGUCAUUAAGGCACUAACAGAUAUACUAAUGGUACAUGGCAAAACUUUGGUGGAUGAUGAAGAGUGUAAUGUCGACAUGCGCAGUUUAUACAAACUUUACUACAAGGCCUUUGGAUCACUUGAUGACAAAAACGAAGAUGAGGAAGAUUCUGAAGAAGAUCGAGAAUUGCAAGCAAUUGCUUGUUUUGCUCUGUGUAAACUUAUGGUCAAUGGCAUUUUCGAUGACCCGCUAAUUUUGCAGCUGGCUGUUCUCAUGUACUUUAGCAACCAGACAUCAGUGAGCGAACAACAGUGUCAGCAACUGAGUUACUGUUUACCUGUAUUUUGCUUUUCAUCUGCAGAUCACCAGCAAUUAAUGGCAGACAUUACGGUAGACUCACUGAAAAGGCUUGUACGGUCUUAUAACAAUAUGCCAGUAAAUGUUCCUGGCAUGCUUAAUCCCACUCAGAUUGCUGCGCAAUUUAUUGACUGGACCAACCCAGCCAAGGUGGUUGUGAAAUCUAAGGAAACUGGUGAACUUGUUAACAAUGGUGGCCACCCCAAUAUACAUUUGGGACUGGCUAAAUCAAUGCUGGAGCGAUUGAUGGAUGGCGGGUUCCGAUCCAAGGAGGAAUGCAAGGCAUUGUGUCUAAGUUUCGGAAAACUCAAUAUUCCAGUUUCUGUGGACUUGAAAUUAUUGGAAGAAACAUACAGUCUGGUCAGCAAUAUUGUUAAAGAAAAGUUAGUGAAGGAGGCUUUUCUGAAAAAUGCGCUAGUGAAAUUUGAAAAGGAACUUGAUACACGGAUUGGAAAGAUUUACGAAAAGAGUGGUGAGAGAAGGCGGAGUAACCACAACGGUAACAGCAAUAGCAGAGAGUCUUCGGUAGCAGCCAAGGAAAAAACUGACGCAUCUGAUGCAGAAGAAGCUGAAGUAAGUGAAGAAACGACUAGCAAGGAGCCAGUCACAGCGGCAGAAGCUGCACCUGCGGAAGAUUCCGAUGUGGAGAUGGAGGACGAUUUGGAGGCAAUUCCUGUGAUUGCAAAAGCCACAACAAAACCGUUGAAGAAGAAGUCAAUAUUAGUUGCCGAUACUGCUCCAGUCGCUAUUGAUGAUGAGAGUGAGCUUAGUGAGCUCAGUGAGCUCAGUGAGUUAUCUACGAGUAGUGAGGACGAAGGCGAAGAUGAGAUCAAGAAAGUCAAAGAUGUUAGCGACGACAACGACGACGAAGAAGAAGAAGAUGAUGAUGAUGAGGAGGAGUAG